AUGGUAUACUACUUUACAUCGAAUGUGGUUGAACCAUCCGCUUUUAUCUAUGUCGGGAAAGACAAAUUUGAGAAUGAGGAUCUUAUAAAAUAUGGUUUAGAGAAGGAUGUUUGUGCACAUGUCUAUCUUCGUCUCCGUGAUAGUGAAUCAUGGGACAAUAUCCCACAACCCCUUCUGGAAGACUGCGCACAGCUUACAAAGGCGAAUUCUAUUGAGGGGAAUAAGAAAGACAACAUCACAGUCAUCUAUACGCCAUGGUCGAACUUGAUGAAAGAUGGGUCUAUGGCUACUGGCCAAGUCUCAUUUCACAAUCCCAAGUUGGUGCGCAAAGUUCUAGUACGACAAAGGGAGAAUGUUAUAGUCAACCGGCUUAAUAAAACCCGCGUGGAAAAAUUUCCCGAUCUUAUGGCAGAGAAAAACGAGUCUCUGAAAAAGAAGCAGAGAGAGGAGAGGAAGACCAGAGAGGAGCAGCGAGCAAGAGAAAAACAAGAAAAGAGAGAAAGGGAACGAUUGAAGUGGCAGAAAGUGCAUGCCUACGAUGAUCUGAUGAGCGAGGAAAACAUCCAGGCAAGCAGCAAUCAAGAUCGGGAUCCUGACUUCCUUGAUGACUUCAUGUGA